AUGAAUAUUGUUGUUUGGAAUUGUCAAGGAGCUGGUGGAAGAGGAGUUCACCGCGUCCUGAAACAAAUUAUUCAGUCUCAUAGGCCAGGUAUCCUCGGCCUUGUUGAACCAAAAGUCUCGGGUUCCCAAGCGAACGUUAUUUGUUUGAAGUUGGGCUUUUCUGACUGGAUCCGAGUAGAGGCUUUUGGUGUCAGCGGUGGGAUUUGGGUUCUUUGGAACGAUCACUCGCAGGUGUCUGUCAUUUUUACUCACCCUCAGUUUGUGCUCCUACAGGUACAGGCGGCGGGUCAGACCCCCUGGUUUUGUGCAGUGGUUUAUGGAAGUCCGACACACCAUUUACGGCGCAGGCUUUGGUCGGAACUCUGUUCAGUCAAGCGAGGAAUCUCGGGUCCUUUGUUGGUGGCUGGGGACUUUAACUCAAUUAUUGAUCAGUCCGAGACGUCAAAUUACGGUGCCUACUCUGUGCAACAUAGUGUGGACUUUGUGGAUUGGAUUCAGACCGAAGGACUGUUGGACCUGGGUUUCACUGGUCCGAAGUUCACUUGGACCAAAGGUGUGACCACCGGGUAG